UAGUGUGCCAACAUGACAACUGCAAUGGAUCUAGGCGGUCCGCAAGAAGUAUUAACAAAUAUACUUACACAGGAGGAAUUGGAACAGACACCGAAAAAUGUACAAGACAAAUUGAAGAAAUAUCUAGAUGAGUUCUUCGAUGAAUAUUACAAGGAUAAAGCAGCUGCAAAUCGACUACACGAUUAUGAAUUAAAAACGGAUGAAUUGCAAGCCCAAAUACAAGACUAUGAAGUUAAAUUACAAAACUUCAAUCAAAACGUUACGGAAUUACGUUCUCAACUCGACUCGGUGUCGGCUGAACGUAAACAUUUGCUGGAGACUACAAGUUCCUAUGAGCGCGAAUUGGCUUCGUUGCGCAAUGACAAAAAAGCUGUAUGCGAUGAACGUGAUCAUUUGUUGAAGGUGAUCGAACGUCAUAAUAGUGAAAUUGAACGUCUGCAACAGGAUCUUAAAGCAUAUCAACAACAAUUGAAGUCAGCAAUUGCAGCAAAAUGCGAAGCGCUGGCCCGUGUCGAUGAAAUCGAAAGCAAAGAAGUUACGCUGGAUUUCAAAGAACGCCGUAUGGAACAAGAACGUGAUAUGUUGCACAAACAGAUACAAAAUCUAACACAGGAUUUGAAUCGUAACAUUUCCGAACUGCAGAAUAUACGUCGGGAAAAUACCAUGAACAGUAUGCAGCUGGAGGCACGUCUCUCGGAAAAGACUGAAGAAUUGAAAAUUGUACAAAUCCAAUGUACCCAAUACAAGGAGACGAUAGAGCGUUUAACGCAAAAUGUCCAGGAGUUGUCACAGAAAAUCUUGGCCCAAAACGAGGAGGCUCAGAAGAUGAUGGACUACUACAAGAAGGAAUUGGAUGCUAAGACCAAAUUGGCUGAUCUCUAUAAGAGUAAUUGUGAAGAUACCGAAAUGGAGCGUACCGAAUUGACAACAGCCAUAUCCGAUUUGAAGAGAAUGUUGGCUGAGGCAAGUGAUCAAUAUGGGGAGCUGGAAACUAACUUCAAGGCCACCCAGUUGCGACAUGAACAGGAAUUGGAUGAGAAACAGAAGAAUAUCGACGAGCUAAAGGAAGAAAUCAAACAUGCCAAUGAAUUACUCAAGGAAUUGAAAAAUGAAAGUGUGGAGAAUGCCAUUUCGAAAUUGGCACCCACUGCAGCUGUGGCAUCACGACUCAUACGUGCCGAUAUGUCUUUGACCGAGUUGUAUUCCUUGUAUGUAAAGACCAGUGAGGAAUGUGAAUUGCAGAAACGUGAAUUGGCACGUUUGAAUUUGCAGCUCAAGACCAUAUUAAGUGAGUUGAAUGAAAAUGCUCCCAUGGUCAAGAAACAGGAAUUAGAAUAUGAGAAAUUGUUGGAGACGAAUAACAUUUUGGCCCAACAAAGAGAUGAAAUGUUGGCCAAGAAAACAGAUUUGGAAGAAUUGUUAGUUGAGGCUCAUGCCAAGAUAAGCCACAUGGAUAGAGAGAAUCGUAAAUUGAAACAUUCCCAAACUGAUCUUAGUCGCCAGGUGUGUUAUCUACUCAAGGAAGUGGAGCAAUUGCGUAUUGGUCUCACCUCGGAGGGUGCUAAUAUGAGUGGUUCUUGCGGCAAUCUUAGUACCACUGAUGAAGUUAUUUCCAAAAAAUUGGUUACCUUCAACAACAUCACCGAACUGCAGGAGAAUAAUCAGAAGUUGCUGCUGUUGGUAAGGGACUUGAGUACCAAACUGGAAGAGGCUGAAACCCUCAAGCAGGAAAUAGACGAAGCUUCCUAUCAAGAGAAAUUGGAAAAUUAUGCUGCCAAAUUCCAAAGCAUGCAAGACACCUUGAAUCAGCAAAAUAAUACUGUGGCCACUUUGGUAUCGAAGUGUGAACGUUACAAGAAAUUGUACUUUGAAUUGCAAAGGAAAUUGAAUAAACAAUCCUCCUCGAUUGUUGAUGAUAUUAGCGAUAAUGAUGAGGAACAAAUGCAGGAUGAUGAUGGCAAUGAAUCCAUGAAUGCCACUGGACAAUCAACAACCAUGAACAAGAGUUCCCGAGCGGGAAGCAAAGAACAAGAGAAACGCAUUAAGGAUUUGGAACAACAGCUACAUGAAGUCAAGGAACAAUAUAAGACACUGAAGGAACAAUAUGAAUACUACUCCAAGGAAAAGAAGAAUAACGAGAAAUUGCUCAAUGAACAAUUUGAUUCGAUGCGUUCGGAAGUUCGUGAAUUAACCUCAACCAAUUGCAAAUUGAUGUCUUCGUUGGAAUAUACCAAGGAACAGAUUAAACUGCAGCAAAAGAACAUUGCCACAUAUAAACAGCAAAUUACUGCCUUGGAAGAUCGUAAUAAGAACUACGAGAAUACCAUUGUGAAACAUGAACAGACGGUACUCUAUCUCAAGGAUGAGAUAAUGAAAUGCCAACGCCAACAAUCUGCCGCAGAAUCCGAAGCCAGUCGUGUUAGACAUGAAAAUCGUAUACUCAAGGAUUCAGUGGGUCGCCUGCAGGCCGAAAAGGAAGCCUACCAUCGUGAACAACAAAGUCAAACUUUGUUGCUUAAUAAUUUGGAAUUGAUUAAGGCCAAUUUGGAAAGAUCUGAGACAGAAGGCAAGGCGCGUCUUGAGCAACGUUUGGAUGAAACCGUACGGGAGUUAUCUGCCCAACGUAGAAGAUUCCAAGAGGAAGAGGAUCGUUUCCGUGAAACAACCAACGAUUUGAAACGUCAAACCGAAUCUGCCAAGAAACUAAUGCAAGAAGAAAAGGAACAAGCCGAUAAGCUACGUAUGGAAUUGAUAAAUGUACGCGAAGAACUCACCACAAAGACCCAUCAAAUCGAUGAGCUCAGCAAGAAAUUGCAAGAGAGCUUGACACCUUCGAAGAACGACAAUCCAAUUGCCCUGGCCAAUAAGAAGGCACGCGAAUUUGAAGUGAAAUAUGAAGAGGCCAAGAUUGAAAUUGAAUCAUUGCAAACCAGCUUGAAGAAGGCCAAGGAACAUGCCGAUCAAUAUUAUAAGAUGUCACAAAAUGCAGAGACAGAAAUUAAAAAUCUCCAUGAUCUACAUACUUCGUAUGUUGAGAAGGCAGAGGCAGAAAUCAAGGAUCUGUGUGCCAAUGAACAGAAUCUUAAAUCACGUAUUACAGAGUUGGAAGCCGAUUUACAGCUGAGCGCAAUGAGUGAGGCAAAGGUUAAUCAAAAUCAACCCGCUGAACAAGUUAAACGCUUGCAGGAUGAACUCAAGGAUACUCUACAGAAAUUGAGUGAAUGUAAUAGGAAUUUGCGUACUCUGCGUUCGGAGAAUAUCACCCUAUCGGAAAAUCUCAAUAGUGUUGAAUCGAAAUAUGCCAAUGAAAUGAUAUUACAUUCAGCUGAUAUCCAAGAGUUGGGCAAAGUUAAACAGGAAUUGGUUAAGGUUCAAAGUCAAAUCAAUGAACUUAUUGUGGAACGUGACAAUGCCAAAAUGGCAUUGGAAAAUCACAAGAAAGAUCAAGAUGAAUCCUUGGUCCUGCUGCGCAAAGAAAAAGAGGAACUUGAGAAACGUUUGGAGGAUCUCAAUUCCCUUAAUGCCAAUUUACAUGAUCAAAUCGAGGCUUUGUCCAAUAAAUUGGCUACACUCAGCCAAUCUGCUGGUGCAGGCUCAGCCAAUAACGAUUCUGUUUUAAUGGACACAUCCAUUAGUGGUGGUGAUGCAAAUCGUUCUAUGGUUGAUGCCGAAGCUGAAAAUAAGAGCAAUGAACAAUUGUUACAAAUUGUUAAAUUCCUACGUAAGGAGAAGGACCUGACCUUGGCCAAAUUGGAUAUCCUGAAGGCGGAGAAUACUCGCCUGCAAUCCGAAUUCACUAUUCUGCAAAAGAAAAAUGAAGAAUUACAAGAUUUCCUUAAUCGCGAAAGAAGUAAAACCGAUACCAACUUGGUAUCAGCUUCCAAACAUGAAGAGAUUUUGCGUAAAAUCGAAACCCUCAAUGCCGUCACGGAUAGUAAUCGUGUGCUGCGCGAAGAACGCAAUGCUCUAACGCAACGCGUUAAGGAAUUAAAUGAUCGCAUUAGCGCCUUGGAGGAUGAAUUGUUCCCAUUGCAAAAUCAAAAUCGUGAUCUGAAUACGAAGAUUGAAGAAAUACAAUCUGAAAAUAGUAGUCUCCGCACCGAAGCAUUGAAAUGGCGUCAACGAGCAAAUGUUUUGGUUGAGAAGAGUAAUAAGAAUCCCGAAGAAUUUAAACGUCUCCAAUCGGAACGUGAAAAUCUGGCUAAAAUGUUAACAGCCGAAAAGGAACAAAUUAAAUCGCUCACUGAGGAGCUGCAGGCUCUGAAGGGAGACAAAACCAAAUUUGAUGGUGAACUGGCUUCGUUGGAGAGACAGGUCCAUAUGUUAACCGAAGAGAAGAAGAGUUUGACAGCUGAUGUCACAACCAUGAAGGUAACCAAUUCUCGCCUAAUGCAGGAGGUUAUGGAAAUGAAAAAUAAACUCCUGGCCAAAGAAGAAGCUGUUCAGAAAAUCACCGAAGAUUUGGAAGCUAAGGAACAUCAAUUGCAAGAUUCCAAGAACAAGGAGGUGCAAAUACGUAAAAUUGCCAAACGUUAUAAGGAUUCCUAUUUGGAGUUGUUGAAUAAGACUCCAGCUUCGGCAGCAGGUGGUGAAGGAGCAGCAAAUGCCAAUGCAUCAGGUCAAGAGAAUAUAGAUGCUGCCACUGGGGCCGGCAACGCUGCUGGUGAAGGUGCUGCCACUGCCUCAAAUGCUGAAUUGGAACAACAUCGCUCAACAAUUGAAAACUUGAAUGGUGUGAUUCGUACAAUGCAGGAAGAAAACGAAAAGAUCCGCAAGGACUAUGAAGAGCUCAAGGCUUCCGUUGAGAUUGAUGAACGUACGAAGACAUUGUUGCGUGAGGCCAAGAGCCACAUUGUCAAUUUGACAGAAUCGCGUAAUGUGGUUAGCACUGAAUUGGCUGCCACCAAAACAAAAUUGUUGCAAAGUAAUGAAGCUCACGAAGCUAAAAUUAAUGAACUGCAGUCGCAAUAUGAUGCCACAUUGCAGAGAUUGGAGCGUGAGCUAUUAGAACAGAAUAAUCGCAACAAGGAAGAUGUACAACGUCUGACCAGAGAAAAUGAAUCGCUUAUAAUACGCAUCAAUCAAUUAAAUCGCCAGCUGGGCUUACAGCAAUCCGCCAAACCGUCCACAAGCUCUGUGGCCAUAUCCGAUAAGGGUACCAUAUCUGAUUCCUCGCCCAGAACUGCAAAUGUCAAACCCAUGUCUGGUACCGCAUCGGUACAACAAUCCGCCACGGUAACACCAUGGCGUGGUGGUGAGACACCAUUGGCCAGUAUACGACCAAUUUCUGUGCAGAACACCCGAACUGCAGCCAUCUUGCCCACAUCUCAACAAAGUUCUGCAGGAUCCACAGCUGUUGUGGCUGGUACUUCCACAUCGACUUCGUCCACUUCGUCGACUUCCACACCAUCUUCAACACCAACUUCGGCGACGGGAAGCAGCAACACUGCUUUGGUGCCACCACAACAACAAGUCCAUACCACAGGCAGCGCCUCGUUGGAAACUAUGUCCUCUUCGCCCACAUCAUCACACACUGACUACAUGCCCUCAACUAGCAGCUCAGCCUCGGUGGCUGUUGCUGCCAUACCACCCAUGGGUUCGGCUGCCUCAGCUGCAGAGAGCUCCCAGGAAGCUGAAAGUAUCCAGCAACCUCAACAAAAUGAACCCCAGCCACAUGUCAGUGGUGGCAAUGUAAACCAGGUGCAAGUGGUGGCAUUAGUUUCUCCGCGAGUUGAAGGUUCCAGUGCAGCCCCCUCCGCACCCUCUGUAACAGUUCAAUUAAUGCAAGAUCCCAAUAACCCACAACCCAGUACAUCUCAGUCAUCAUCGGCCAUGUGUUCCUCUCACAUUGCUGUAAGUAGUCACAAUCGACAUACGCCUUCCAGCAGCAAUGUGACCACCACUCAGGCGGGUACCUCUGCCGGUCACAAACGUCCACGUGAAUUGGAAGGAGAUUCGUCGACCACGGGAGAUGAUGCCGACAAGGGGACAUCAUCCAAACAUCCAAAACGGAUGAGGGCUCCCAUGCAUAGUGCAGAGGCUGCUGUAAUGACUGCUGCCGGUGUUUCAGAUUCGGGAAUCGAUGUUGACCAGGUACCUACCUCUUCGCAAAGGGAUCAAGAAGAUGAUGUAGUGGUGUUAGAUUCUGAGGAAGAUGAUGGUAUGGCUGAGGCGGAGGCCGAUGAAGGUGGUCCCGCCGAUGCUGAUGGUGAACAUGAAGUCUAUGAGGAUUAUGAUCAAGAUCAGGAUAUGGAUGAAAAUGAAUGUCCCGAGGCCAACGAAGGCAAUGCUGAAUUGGGUGAAGCCGAUAACAAUGAAGUUGAUGUUGAUGAGGAUAUGGAAAAUAAUGGUCAAUGUAGUUCCGCUGGUGCUGUGGGACAAGCUGAUGCUGAUCCUUAUGCCACGGGUGCCAGUACAAGUGCAGCAGCUGCUGCUGCCUUGGCCAAGGCCCAUAGCCAGGAUAAUAAUCAACAAAGUCAGGCCAUAAGCAGUGGUAGUGGCGAGACUCCGGUCAGAAAGCAAACCAACACAUUGAGUCGCCAACAGAAAGCCACAUUGGUGAAAUUGCAACAGGGAGCCCAAGGAGGGGCAGGAGAGGCCGGCAAUAAUGAAACAUCAGAAACUUCAGCGGCCAGGCGUUCGGAAAGUUCUGAAAUUGUCAGUUCUCCACAAGAUUCCAAAUUUGGUUAUGGCACCACGGAUACGACUACCACCACCUCAAAUACUGCUCAACAAUCUGAUGAUGUGUCAGCCGAUGUGGGUCAAGAAAAUCCUGAUGUUGCAGCCGAUGAUAGUGAAGCUGGUGCAGGGGGAGAGUUUUUAGGCGAAGAAUACGAUGAUGAAAAGAAGAGUGGUGAUGUUACCUCUGAAGAAGCUCAAAAAGGUUUAAAUGAAGAGGGUGUUGAAGGCGAAGAGGAUGAUUUCAAUGAAGAGGGCGGUGAAUCUGUUGAGGCAUCCGAAAAUGUAGACAGUGAAAGUCACCUAAGCAGUGGAGCCACUCAAUCAGAAGAUGUACAACAAAAUCAAAUUGAAGCCACCUCAGAAGAAAAUGAAGGUGCCGAUGGAGUUUCCUCCGAAGGUGAAAAACAAGCUGUUGAAGAAGUAGAGGAAGAAGGACGUGAAGCUGAAGCCUCCACAUCACCCUCCAUUAAUACUCGAUCCAAGGCCACCAAGGGUAUGACAGCGAAUCGUAGACCACAACGUGGUUUCCAUCGUGGUGGUGGUGCCAACAGGCCCACACCCAUUGUCUGGCAGGAAUCACCGGGUAAUUCACAACGCAACACUUCUCCCAGUCAGCGGGGCCAACAAGAUCAACAACAGCAGCAACAAGGUGGCAGUCCAGCCCGCGGCGGUUUUGGCAAUCAACGGGGCCAAAGAGCCCGUCGCAUGAGACGGCCUGCUGGCAAUUUUACAAAUAGAUUUUAAAU